GUGUAAAACAUUUUAUUAUAAGAAUGCGUAUGUAUGAGAACGUUACACAUUUAGGCAGAGACUAUGUGCUUUAAGAGGCGUGUAGAGGGAUUUCUUAUUGCUGCUCUGGUAAAUCUGUCGCUUCAGUCAGUGAAGCAGCGAAGGGCGAGCCGCGCGCUAUUGACUGUGUUCGUGCUUCUUUUUUCGUCUACUGAUUUGCCAAUGUUACGAUUCAUGUGUAUGGAAGCAGGACGGUGCGGUGUAAUAGUUUACGAAUCUAUCUUGUUAGGUCCGCGCUUUUAUUUGUUGCUACAUAUUGCGUAUUAUCAUUGCAUUUUUUGCACUACCACAGAUGUGUAUAAUAUCGCAAAAUACUUUCAGUUAUUUAUUUUUUUUUACUGUUUUUUCUAUUUUAAGAUUUGUUGUAAUUAUGUAACUGUUAUUUAUUAAAAUAUAAUUUAUUCAAUUUACUCUAUAUACAUUUUUAAAGUAUAUUUAUGUGUGUACGGCAAUUUAUUAAAGUAUAUACAUUUACAGUUUAUGAAAUAAUCGCAAAUAUAUCGAAAAAUUGAAAUAUUGUGAAUAUCAAGAUUAUAAUGGUGUAUGUAUGACAGUUAUUUAUAUUAUCAAAAUUAUAAACUUUUGUGUAUACGUAUGUGUUUAUGUGUGCGUGCGCGCGUGUACUAUGCGUAUCGUUUUCUUUGUUACACAUAUAUCAAGCGAUAUGUUUGUAACUAUAAAUUUUAUAUUGGAAUUUUUAGAUCUUUACAGUUUUGUUAUCCGAGAUAUUGAGAUAUUCUUUCACCUAUAUUAAUUUAUAAUUAUUUAUGCACUUUUUGCAAUACUUUCUCGCAUUGAAUUAUUCAUUAUUUAUGACUCAAAUAUUGUAUGCACAAGAGAUUAAAAUUGUAUCAAAAUUAUGUUCGGAAAAACAUAACGCACAUGGCAGAUGAUUAUCAACGAAAAACCAGCCUUGAUUGUACUUUGAAUACUACGCGCAACACAAAGAUUUACUUUAUAUGUAGCCGACGGUUGCUGGAUUAAACAUCUUUUCGAUGGACCCGAUCAUGCUAGAAAACAGCAACAUUGAAAUUGGAGCGCAACCGCAACAACAUCAACAACAUCAACAACAGCAACAACAGCAGCAACAUCAACAGCAGCAACAUCAACAGCAAUAUGGAGAAGUAAAUCAGUUGGGUGGUGUAUUCGUGAAUGGUAGACCCCUUCCUAACGCUGUCAGAUUGAGAAUUGUCGAACUUGCACAGCUGGGUAUAAGACCAUGUGAUAUCUCACGACAACUACGUGUCAGUCACGGAUGCGUCAGUAAGAUACUGGCACGCUAUCAUGAAACGGGUAGUAUACUGCCAGGCGCGAUUGGUGGUAGUAAACCGCGAGUAACUACACCAAAAGUCGUGCAAUAUAUUAAACAAUUAAAGUUAAAGGAUCCAGGGAUCUUUGCCUGGGAGAUUAGGGAUCGACUGCUAUCUGAUGGCGUUUGCGAUAAAUACAACGUUCCUUCAGUGUCCAGUAUAUCGAGAAUAUUGAGAAACAAAGUCGGCAUAACGACGACUAUGCAUCAUCAUCCACAUCAUUCAGCUCAUCAUCAUCAUCAUCAUCUUUAUGCAGCCGCUGCAGCGGCAGGUGCAGCUCUUUGUCCAGUGCCGUAUCCACCGACACCAUAUCAUCCGACGGUACCACCUUCCAUCACGCAUCAUCAUCAUCAAGUUGGACCUUCGUCAGCGAAUAAAUUGUCACCAUCGUCGCCUACAGUUCAUACUAGCGGCGGACAUCAAACGGCGACUAACAACGCUCUGCAAUGGCCAAGUCCUCACACUGUACACGACAUUCUGGCUAACAGCUGUAACAUACAGAAUUCUUCGUCGUCUCCUUCGCCAACUUUGUCAUUAUGCUCCACGAUCAACAACAAUCAUCAUCACAAUCGUCAUAACGAUAGUUCCGCUAACAAUAAUAGCAACAACAGCAAUAGUGAUAAUAAUAAUGACCGUAGGACGUCAAGUUAUCUUCAUCCACAUCACCCUCACCAUGCACAUCACCAUCAUCAACAGUAUUAUACUUCUGCGUUAUAUCAUCAUCAUCAUCACUCGGAUACUAUGGCAGCGGCCACCAUAUCAUCCACUCUCUCUGUACAAUCUAUCAUGUUGCAGUCUUCAGGCACAAGUCAACCAGCCAGCCCUUGCAAUUAGAAGAAAGAAUAACAUUUUGUUUCAUAAAUACAAAAUUAUAAACAAUUAAAUAAUCAACGAUUAAAUGAGUGUUUUUGGGCGCGAAUAAAUGUUUUUAAUAUAUUUUUACGCAUAGUAUAAUUAAUUAUAGUAGAACUGAUAAUGCAAUGAGGAUGUUCGUAUUAUUAAAACUUUUUGUGUUAAAAUAAAGUUUGAAUAAAAAUAACAUCCAUUAUUACUGUUAUUUUAUCACCUUUGCGGAUAAUGAUUGUAAUUGCAAACAAGAAAAUACACACUGAAGAUUCAGGCACCGACGAGAUAUCAUAUCAAGAACCGAUGGUCUUAUGAGAUUUAGUGACUA